AUGCCGCCUUUCAGAGAUGAGCACAUUCUGAUAAUUGCGCCAGGUUCGCAGGUGACCCUGGCGCAGCUCGGUCUGCCCGAGUCGUUUACGCCAGCUCGAUUUCGUUUUCCCACGCGAAUGUUCCCCGCAGAAAAGGAGGGGGAAUAUGAACCGUAUAAAAUCCGCGAGCGGCGACACGAGGUCAAAGCCAGUAAUGGUAACGACGCGCCUAAAGAGGAUGUUGAAAUGAAGGAUUCGGAGUCCGCGCAGCCUGGAACGACAAACACGGAGACAGCCAACAACGCCGAAAAGCCUGAAGGCGAGGUUAAGAAUGAAUCCGCAGAAGGACAAGAGGGCAAUGAGGAAUCGAAACAAGAGACAGUGGAGGAAAUCUUCUACGAAGAGGAUGUUACGUCUGAUGAAGGGGCAAUUUGCCCAAUGGAAAAUGGACGUAUCGUCGAUUGGCCUUGCUUCUUUGCCCAUCUCACACACAUCUAUAAUACCCUGAGCCCGCCCUUCCACACACCGAUCAUGCUUAUCGCGGAGCCAGUCUGGUCUGCUCGGGAUCGAGAGGCGAUCACCCAGUUCGUCUUUGAAAAAUUCAAAGCACCCGCUUUUUGCCUUAUGGAUUCUGCCCUUGCAAUCUGUUAUGGGUAUGGAACUGCUACCGCCACGGUUGUCGAUCUCGGAAAGGGCAAGGUGGACGUGACCGCAGUGACCGACUUCAUGGUGAACGAGCAUGGCAGAGGUAUCGCUUUGGAAGGUUGUGGUGGUGAUUAUAUGACAGAUCGGCUGGUGGAACUUUUGGGAUCGAAGGGAUUCACGAGAGAAAUGUGCGAGCAACUUAAGAGAAGCAACAUCACAGAGAUUCUGCCCGCUGGGACGCCACUCCCAGGAGCAGCGGCAACUGCACGACAAGGUGCUAACCCCGCAGCUGCAGCAUCCACAGGUGCACAAGAUGGAUCAGCUCCAGGCGAGUCCAUUCCACGUGGGCCAGGGGAUGGAACCCAGACUGGACCAGAGGGGGGAAAUGGCGAAGACGAAGACGAGGGCGUACUGGAUGUAGCAGCCAUUGUUAGCGGCAACACCAGCGAGUUCCUGGCCAGCAGAGAGAAGGAUAAAGCAACCACCAAGAAAGGAUCGGUAGACCAAACCGGGAAACCUAUUCGCCUUCCCAACUCUAAGAGGGAAAAGGCCUCAUACCAACUUGAGGAAUUCGCGCGGCUAGAGCCAGAGAAAAAUGCUUCCCCUGGUCCCGAACGCUACGUUCGUCAGAAACGCGACAUUGAAGUGGGUGUCGAGCGUUUCCUCUCCGCAACCCCCAGGCAGAAGACCCUGGGCCGUUUGUCAGGCGGUAUCCUCGAAGACAUUGCUGCUCAAAUUCAUCAUACCAUCCUUGCUGUCCCCGAUGCGACGAAGCGAAGCGAACUUUGGGACUCUUUGAUUAUUGUCGGUAACGGCAGCAAAAUAAAAGGUUUUACACAAUCCUUGCUCGCUACCAUCACACAAAAAUAUGUCCUUUCCCCUUCUGCUAGCAUUUUCACAUCCGAAAUCCCCUCCAAUUUCUCUACCCCUCUCCCCACAGGAGGAAGCAACACCCCGACACCUGUUGGUCAAUCUGGGCUCAUGCAAACUCCCACUGGUCCUGGGGUGAAUCCUCUGCUAGUCGCUGCUACUCAUGCUAAUAACCCGGCGGCCCCUAAUAUGCCCCCGGGAACACCGGUCAUUGAUCCCGCCGCUACGGCGCAUUAUCGCUCUACCGGUCACUCCCAGACUCCAAACUCAGUUAAGACCCUGAGGCCUCCAGAAUAUUUCUCUGAAUGGAAAGAGCAGUCCAACAGCAAUGCCCCUGGUGCCAGUGGUAACGGGGGUAAUGCGGGCGGUGCUGGCGGUGCUGGUGCACCGGGCUCAGCAGGCACCGGCCAUGGCAUGGAAGAAGCAGUUUUCCUCGGGGCCCAGGUUGCCUCCAAGGUCAUUUUCAUUCUUGAUCAGGGUCUCAGCAAAGGCUUCAUGAGCCGUGUUGAGUAUAACGAGAAUGGCCCAUCGGCAAUUCAUGAAUAUAUCCUGUGA